AUGGCUCACUCAAGGACUCUCAGAGUGCGACAAAGUACUAUGAUUCCCUACGCCGAAUACAGAUCACUUGUUGAGCGGAUCAAACAGAGCAUGAGAGGUGGACUGCGAGCGGACGGCAACAUGCUGAACGAUGAUGUCGUCCUCGAAGAAGAAGCGAUGAGUCAUCUCAAUAUCAUGUACAAGAGAUACGCUGCUUCGAGUAAAGUCACAGCAGGCUUGGGCAGUAAGGUCAGGCGGAGAGCCACUGCCACUACACGCAGGAUAUCUGUCCCCUACGAUUCAGACAUCGCAGCCAGCCCAACUACAGAGGCAACUAAGUGCACAGGGAGUGCUGGUCUCACGGAGCAAGCCGAUGCUGUCACCAGCAGCACCAGACGAGUCGGCAUGGACAUGAACGGGGCUACGGUCUCUCCUUCGCCCGUCAUUCCAGAUGUGGAGGAGUCCAAGCAGGAGCAAAGGGGUGCCUUGUCGCCGACACAAGCUCCACCACAACUUGGAGCCCGACGCUCUUCCCGAAAGCUAAGAGGAUGUGCAGCAACUUCAGCAUUGCUUCUAUCUCGGCAUCGAGUUUCUAGGCCUUAA